AUGUUGAAAAGCGUCUUCCCAAUAAGGUCAAAAAAACGGCCACUUGAACAUAUUGGUUGUGAUGGUAACAAUUUUCUGAAGAAAACAAAUGGAGAAGAUGAAGUGAUCAAUCAAUUUUGUUUUUGUCAUGACAAGAAGCUUGGCAAAGAAUCAUUACGAUUGGUUAUUUUGGCUGAAAGUGAACGACGACUGUUAUUCGAUAGUGAAACUGUUUUACCAGUAAAUACGCCUGACAUCCCAGCUAAAACACCGCUUUCAAAUUGUGGUCGGUUUCGGUUUCUAAGGCAUCGUCCAGAUGUUUCCUGCAUUGGACAAAUGAUAUUUGGUUCGCUGUCCACAACAAAAAAUGAAUCCUUUAAAAUACAUUCUUUAAGUGAUAGUAAACAAGUUAUGGUAAGUCGCGUUAUUUCGGUCCCAAAAAUAACAAGACCAUCAAACAGCGAUAUCAAACUACCCGUGAGUAGUGCUAGUAGUGCUGAUUCGGAAAGUCCAUAUUCAACAGUUUGCUCAUUGGAGGGAUUGCGCAGACGAGCACAUUACUGCUCGCAGUCGACUGAUCCUCCCGAAGGUUUCACCCGAGUACGAAAUGCUUCCUUUCAGUUGGAUACCGAAGAAGGAAAUAUGAAAUCUUACCGAGCUUUUUCACCUAAUCGCUUUUCCCGAUAUCGUCGUAUGCAGCUUGCACAACGUGGCAAUUUAUGUGAUGAAAGUAAAAUAUUUGCAUUUUUUGAAGCCUCAUCAGUGACGGAUUUGACGUCGAAUGAUGUUUAUAGGAUCUAG